AUAAAGCCCGGUUUCGUUCUCGAUCAAGCAUUACGAAAGCUUGAGACGUAGACUGCUCAAUCAUGAAAAUUCUUGUAUCCGUUUUGGCUCUCGCCGUUUUCACUGUACACGCUGAUGACCCAGAUGUUGCUGGUGACGUCAGGAAAGCAAUCGAAAAGAUUUUGGAAGAAAUCACAGAUCCAAUUAUUGACGUCCACGAUAAGAAAUACACCGUUACGUUGCCGCUUGAAAAACUGGAAUUCAAUCUCGUGGACUUUGUGGUGAAAGGAGUCAAGGACCUAGACAUCAAACAAUUGGACUACGACUCAUCCACAAAACGCCUCGACUUCGACUUGACCUUAGCAAAAAUCGAGACUUAUGCUGACCUCGAUGUCGUGCUCUCUGGUAUCAUCAACGGUGACCAUCACCCAACUGCCAAGAUUGACCUGAUUGAUUUAAAUCUAGCCGGAUACGCAGUAGUUGACACUACCGUUGAACCCAACCAACUUACGGACUUCAAAUUCUUAACCACCAUAAGUGGUUCUAAGGCUGAACUGACCAACAUAAUUAACGACGAUGAGGUUACCGAAGAACUCACUAAAGUUUUGAACGAGCAAUUGCCCACCAUUGUACAAAACGUCGCUGUGAUCCUAGAACCCGCUGCCAGCCCCAUUGUACAGUCUUUCAUUAACAUCAUCCUGCGCCACAUUGAAUGACUGAUUUCUGUUGAAAUGCAAUUUAUUGUUUUAAGUUUGUAAAAUAAACACAAUUUCUGAAAACUA